AUGCUUUUCUUCAGUGGUGUCAACUUGAAAGUGUACAUACGGGCUUCAGGACCUGCCAAUGUCACCGUGUUGCCAAAAAAGGAAGGUCAACCAGAGGUGGAGAGCAGCAUUGUCAAGGUUGGACCAUCUGGCUAUUACUACCAGGGUGUUUGGCAAGCACUAGGUGGCACCACAGUUCGUCAAUUCAAAGCACCUGCUAUCAGUCAGUGUCUGAAAGGCAAGGUGGUCCACAUGCAUGGGGACUCCACCGUCAGGCAGUUUUUUGAAUUCCUCGACGCAGCACUACCAGGUCUUAGGGUGUUUGACCUGCACAGCACGAGGCAAAUUGGACCUUUCGUGGCCUUGGACUAUGCAAACAACAUCUUGGUGAAAUUCCGCUUCCAUGGUCCUCCUAUCCAGAGUGCUCAUGUCUCCAACAGCAAGCUUCGUUACAUUGCCAAUGAAAUAGAUGGCUUAAUCGGAGGCACCGACAUUGUUGUAGUUUUUGGCAUCUGGGCUCACUUUCGCACUUACCCCGUGCAGCUCUACAUCCGGCGGCUGCAGAGCAUCCGCAGGGCGGUGGUGCGGCUGCUGGACAGGGCUCCAGGGACGGUGGUCAUCAUCCGGACCGGGAACCCCAGAGACUUAUCGCAAAUUAACAGCGACUGGCACUCGCUGCAGUGUUAUAAGGUGCUCAAAACCAUGUUCAAAGGACUAAACGUUCAUCUGAUCGAUGCCUGGGAGAUGGUCCUUGCCCACCACCUGCCGCACAACGUCCAUCCACCACCUCCCAUUAUUGAGAAUAUGAUUAACGUUCUUUUGUCCUACACGUGUCCUCAAAUGGGCGGCUAGAUGUGUGUGUGUUGGAAAGAGAAGUGGGAGAGUCUGUCUGUGUGUAUGU